AUGCCAUUUGAUGCUAAAAGUUAUGAAAAAUAUGAAUUUUAUUCAAUUACAGAAAUUGAAGAAGGUUUCAUUCAUGUUCAAUAUAAUAAUCCAAAAACUUUAAAUGCUUUUAAAGAUCAAAACUGGAUUGAUUACGGAGAAAUAUUUACAAGAUUAGAUAAAGAAGAAGAUGUCACUUUAAUAUUAGUAUCAUCUGGAGUACCAAAAUCAUUCUCAUCCGGUUUGAAUUUAAAAGCAGCUACAGAAAUGAUGGGAAAACAUGCAGAUUUAUCAGAAAAGGAGCAAAUUAGUGAAUUACAUAAACAUAUUGUUGAAUUUCAACAUGCCAUAUCAACACCAGCAAGAAUAAGUACACCAACUAUUGGAAUCUUAAAUGGAAUUAAUUAUGGAUUAGCAUUAGACAUGUCAAGUUGUUAUAGUAUUAGAAUCGCUGUUGAAGGUGCUAGAUUUUCAAUUGCUGAAGUAAACAUUGGAAUUGCAGCAGAUAUUGGUUCUUUACAAAGAUUACCAAAGUUAAUUAAUAAUCAAUCUAAAUUAAUGGAGCAUGCAUUAUUAGGUGAUGUAUGGGAUGCCAAAGAAGCUUUAGAUUUAGGUUAUGUUAGUACUGUUGUUAAAUCAGUUGAUGAAGGGAUUGAAUUAGCUAAAAGUAUAGGUGAAAGAAUUGUUUCAACACCAGCAUGGGCUAUUAAAGGAACCAAAAAACAUAUUCAAGACAUUUUAGAAGGAACUACACAUGAACAAGGUUUGAAAGAUAUUGCUAAGUUUAAUUCUGUUAAUAUUACACGUUCAAAGAUGAAAUUAUAG